UUCAGUUUAAGUAAAAAUGGAAGCGAGUGUGUUAUGUGAAACUCCCGGGUGCAAGUCACUUGCUAUGUUACAAUGCCCAACAUGUAUUAAACUGGGUAUACAGGGUUCUUUCUUCUGCAAUCAGGAAUGUUUCAAGAAGUCGUGGAAAUCACAUAAAAUCAUACAUUCGUUAGCGAAGGGUGAGAGUACAGAUGGACCUGGAGUGGAAUACAAUCCUUGGCCAUCUUAUUCCUUUUCUGGUAAGCUGAGGCCUUUUCCUCUGGGAGCGAAACGAACGGUGCCGGCUCAUAUAGGCCGUCCAGAUUAUGCCGAUCACCCUACCGGUUUUCCGGCUUCAGAAAAUGCAGCGAAAGGUUCUGGGCAAAUAAAAGUGCUCGAUGAUGAGGAAAUAGAAGGAAUGCGUGUCUCUUGCCGUCUUGGUAGAGAAGUUUUAGAUGAAGCUGCUAAGGUGUGUGAUGUCGGUGUUACUACUGAUGAAAUCGAUCGGGUUGUACAUGAAGCCUGUAUUGAAAGGGAGUGCUAUCCGAGCCCUCUCAAUUAUCACAAUUUCCCAAAAAGUUGCUGUACAUCAGUUAAUGAGGUUAUAUGUCAUGGCAUACCAGAUGCACGUCCAUUAGAGGAUGGUGACAUAUGCAAUGUUGACGUGACAGUUUAUCACAGAGGUUUCCAUGGUGAUUUAAAUGAGACAUUCUUUGUUGGUGACGUUCCGGAAUCAACUAGAAAACUUGUACAAAUUACAUAUGAGUGCUUACAAAAGGCAAUAGAGAUUGUUAAGCCAGGAGAGAAGUAUAGAGAAAUUGGGAAUGUCAUACAGAAACAUGCACAGGCUAAUCGCUUGAGCGUAGUUAGAUCAUAUUGUGGUCAUGGAAUACAUAGAUUGUUUCAUACAGCACCCAAUGUGCCUCAUUAUGCAAAGAACAAAGCAGUGGGUGUAAUGAAGCCGGGCCAUUGUUUCACAAUAGAGCCAAUGAUAAAUGAAGGCGGCUGGCGUGAUGAGCAGUGGCCAGAUCACUGGACUGCUGUUACUGCUGAUGGCUCAAGAUCUGCACAGUUUGAACAAACUUUAUUAGUGACAGAGACUGGUUGCGACAUACUUACACAGCGGGCAUCCGGACGUCCGUGGUUCAUGGACCAGCUUGAAAAAUUCAAGUAGUCUGAUAAUAUUAGGCAGAACAUCCACUGAGGUGAAAUAUUCUCAACAUAUUGUGCAAUAUUUAAUAAAAAUUCUAUACUUGUAUGUCUGUUUAUACAUGAAUAGUUCAACAGCACAGAACCCUUCAACCUCUUUUUUGAUAUUAAAUGUCAUUUAUGGUCUAGGAAUUGUUUAAAUACUUAACAAAUUAAGUAACAAUAUAUAUUAUGCUCUUAGUACCGUCCGCAAAAUAAUACCAUAUGCCAAAAAAGUCAAUUUACAAUUUACAAUAGUUUAAGUAAAAAGCCAAAUGUGUGUACUCAGUGGAUGAAUAUAAAAUAUGUUUGGAAUGUUAAGGAGUGGUUUCGUUGAUUUUUUAAACAUCACAUCGGUAAAAUCUUAUGUCUUUCAAUGAGUUGUGUUCAUUAUUAUUAAAUCUGGCUUUGUUUUUAACUCGGCUGUAUACAAUAAUACAAGUAUCAUAUUUAAAAAAAGUAGUUUUUAUUUACCGUCGGCCAAAAAUUAAUUCGAUUAUUAAUAACAAUGAGCUUACUUCCUGUGAAUAUAUGUCGAUUAAAAUUAGACUGAUCCUUAAUGAAUCAUUGAUAGACAGAUUUCGGUAAUGGUUAUUGGUCGAUAUAAAAAUGUGUAUUAUAUAAAAUGUUUGCUCCUAAAAUGUGUUAGUACAUAAUGUUGUGGCGUGCACAUGUUUAAUGACAGGACAAAACAAUAUUUAUACAUGCUACUAAAAAAAUAAACAUUAUUUUAGAUCUUGCGAAAAUUCAAUCAGCAAUUUUGAUACUCUAAUUUUUUAACAUAAUGGGCAAAACUCAAUUCCCAUUGAAUUCAAUUUCAUUCUAGGUAGCGGAUAACGCGGUAGAUUUGGGCUACCGACGUUUUCUGACGGGAUUUUUUGCAAGAUAGUCUUGUUUAUUUAACCUUUAACUGUUAUAUAUAUAUAAUAUAGAAAAUUGAAUUGAAUCUUUUAAUAUUAUAUGGGAAUAAUUGAUUUGGUAAGCCCCAUAGGGAGCAGAAUGUCAUAAUACAUUUUCGGCAGUAGGUUUUUUAAAGUUUUAUUAUAUGUAUUAACCCAAAUGACAAUAAUACUAACUAUACAACAAAUUUAAAUGAUUCGUUCAAUAAACAUAAGACAUUCUUAAUAUUUUCUUAAAUCUGGUUUUAAUGAAUAAGGUUUCUUCAUAAGUAUUCUUUGUAUAUUUGAAUUCCAACAAAAAUAAACGAUGUCUUGUUUUUUUAGUAACCCACAAAACAAGGUAUGUCUGGCUGUAAGGAUUUCAACUUUAACUUGAAUUAUUGUAUUUACUACAAGAAAAAAAAAGUGUUUGUUGUCUUUCGAAAUACAAACUAAUUUGAGACGCGUAAUAGAUGCACGCCAUUGCAGUUGAUAAAUUUUAUAACAUUAUACUAAUUCAAUAAUGUUUUUUUUAAUUGCAUGUAUGCAAUUGAAUGAAUGAUAAUGUUCCUUAAGUUAUUUUUUAAUAAAAAAAAAUAAGUGACCAAAGUUUUUAAAGACCUAACUAAAGACAUUGUAUCCUAUUCCUUUAUACGUUUAAGCGAAUGCUCAUGAUACAACAUUUUUCAGCUACAUAAUUAUAUCUCUAUUUCGAACUUGAUAUUUUUAAAUGUAAAGGAUGCGUCACAAUAAACAUGUUUUCUGAAAUAUAUUUUUUUUUU